GCGUCGCAGCUCCGGGGCUGGGCGGCGGACAUCAGCCCGGCCCGGGGAAAGUUUCAGCCGCUCGGAACGGGACCGGUGGGGCCGCGCUCCUGGCCUCGGGGCUGCACGACCGCGGGGCUGCAAGCAACCGCGCCCCAUCGGGGCAGCCUCUCCGAGCCCCACUGCCAGCCGAGCCCCAGAUGACCCUGAACACGCAGCCCGGGAACAAGAGCCCGCUGCGGAGGAGGGCCAGCACCCCUCUGCCGCGGGUACCGGGUGCCGCGCCACGGGCUGAGCUCGGCCAUCCCCAGCUCGGGCAGUCCUCGUCCGAACCGGGUGCCAGAGCCGCAGCACCGCGGGGCAGUUGGUCCUCCGAGUCCUCGGCCUCCUCCAGCUCCUGGGAACAUCGCGUGGUGCUGCUGGGAGACCCCGGCGUGGGCAAGACCAGCCUGGCCAAUGCCUUUGCUGGCAUCCAGGAGCGGGACCUGCUGGAGCAGCACGGAGAAGCUGCCUACGAACGCACACUGUUGGUGGAUGGUGAAGAGACCACGCUGCUGGUGUUGGACACCUGGGAGCCAGAACGGAGGGGCGAGGAGAGCUGGCGCCGCAGCCAGUGCCUGCAGGUGGGCAAUGCCUACGUCAUCGUCUACUCCAUCACGGACCGCAGCAGCUUUGAGAGCGCCUCGGAGCUGCGUAUCCACCUGCGCCGCGCGCGGCAGGCUGAGGACAUCCCCAUCAUCCUAGUGGGGAACAAAUCCGACCUGGUGCGCUGCCGCGAGGUCUCCAUCGAAGAGGGCCGUGCCUGUGCCGUGGUUUUUGACUGCAAGUUCAUCGAGACGUCGGCAGCCCUGCAGCACAACGUGGAUGAGCUCUUUGAGGGGGUGGUGCGGCAGCUGCGCCUGCGCCGUGAGGGCAAAGAGCCUGCGUCCAGCCACCGGCGCAAGGAGAGCCUCACCAAGAGGGCCCGGCGCUUCCUCGACAGGCUGGUGACCAGGAACAGCAGCAAGGUAGCCCUCAAAGCCCGCUCCAAGUCGUGCCACGACCUGUCCGUGCUCUGAGAGCUGCCACGAGCCCAUCCCACUGGACUUGGAGGCUGGGGACUGCCCUUGCCAUCAGCGUGGCCAGCAGCAGCGUGGUGCCAGCUAAGCACAUAUGGGGCCGGUGCGAUUCUGAGGACGUGGAGCUGCUGAGGGACACCCAGGGUACUCCAGGUCUAGCUGCUUCUCCUCUGGAAGGGGGGAUGAAUGGGGCUGGGUCCCCUCAGCUGCAUGUGGGGUGGGUAUCAGGGUGGCUGCCCAGCUCCUGGGGGGCUGGAGGUGAGGCUGCGGCCCUGCAGGGCUGCCAGCAGUGAGGCUGGUGCUGCUCGUGGCUCCUAUCCUUCACAGGGCAGCGGGGAGCAGUGAAUGCCCACCUCAAGGACAGGAGCCUGGCAGGGAGAGGGGCUGGGGGAGCUCUGGCAACAUCAUCUGGUACCCCCAGCCCCUCCAUGCCAGAGCUUCAUGCCAUGUCUCCCUGGAACCUGUGUUGCCUGAGGUUUUUCUGCUGUCUCUGUACCAGUACAGUGGGGAAACCCCUCGAUCUGCAGAAUAAACCACGUCUGGGACAUGUUGGUCUCUGCCAUGGGGAGCCAAGUGCCUUGGCUGGGGCAGAGGUUCCGCUGCAGCCAGACUGCAUGAGCUUCAGCUUCAUCAGCCUGAACACCCCAGAGCAGGAGCAGCCUUAGCCUCUGGCCACGUUUCUUUAGCCACCCUGUGCUGAAGCAUCAAUUCCUUACCCAGCAGUCACAGCAUCAUCCCCUGCAAUGGCAGAAGCCCUCGGCACCUCUUUCUUCCCAGCAAGUCCUCAGAGAAGGGCUCGGCACCAACUCCAGUUGCUAUGGUGCAGAUUUAAAGCCUCCGUGCAGGAUUUGGAAGCCCCUUGGGAGACCCAGCCUAGGCCAGGAGCCAGUCCCUGGGUGCCCUGGGAAGGGGCAGCGGCAACAGGAAAGGACGUGCCAGGCUGCAGCGAGCAGCAAGUGACCCCAAGCACACAGGAAGGUGACACUGGGGCUGCAUGGGCUCUGUCUGUUGUUUUUAGGC